UCACCGGGUCCCGGACAGAGAUUCCCCACCAGCACCCGGCGAUCGCCGUGUAAAGCUGACAGGGGAGAGACCUAAAAGGCAUGCUGCUUUGUAUUUCUCUCCACAGCAAAGAAAUACAAAGCAGCAUGUCUCCAUAGUAAAACACACACCGCACAUAAUGUUAAACAGCACACAGUUAACCCUUUGAUCACCCCAGAUGUUAACCCCUUCCUGCCCAGUGCCAUUAGUACAGUGUCAGUGCUUUUUAUUAGCACUGUUCACUGUAUUAGUGUCAUUGGGAUGUCAGUGGCAGUUAGUUCCCACCCAGUGUCAGAAUGCUCACCGCAGUCACACUAUA